GGCCCGCGCUGCCCACGGGGCGGCCACGCGGCUCCCCCGGUGACACGAGUGGGGCCUCGUCCCGCGCUGCCCGGCCCCGCCAGGCCCCGCCCCUCCCGCCUAGGCCCCGCCCCCUCCGCCGCGCUGCGGGCGGCACCAAUGGGGCGGCGGCGGCGGCGGCGGUCCUGUUGCCCCGGAGACCGCGGGCUGCCCGCCAGGGGCCGCGCCCAUUGGCUGCCGCCGCGGCGCGCGGCCCCCGCCGCAGGGUGCGCGCCCAUUGGCUGAGCCGCCGCCCGCCAGUUGCCGUGGUAACAGGGGCCCGAGCGGGGACCGGGGCCGCCGCCGCGGCCUGUCCCGGGCACUGCGGCCUGUCCCGGGGCCCUGCCCGAGCCCCGCUGCCCCGGGGAACGCCACACAAGCCUCCGCCGCGACCUUCCUCAUCGCCUUGGGCCUUGCACGGGGCCUGCGGGCGGCGCAUGCCCGAGCCUUUCCCGCCCGCCGUGCCCGGCACCGGGCACCGGCCGCGCCAGCUCCCCUAUGACCCUGGCACCGUGCAUCUUGCUGGGCCAUCCCACCCCGACCCACAAGGCUCCGGCGGUGAGCCCGCGGCCAUUAACGUGGCAACGCCCGUAGGGCCGAACAGCUUUGCGGGGCCCUGAGGCGGCUGCCCGGUGCCCGCUGGCGCCGGGGCCGCCCUGCUCCGGGCUCUCCGGGGCGGCCGGCCCCCUCGCCCCGGUGGAUCCCGUCCCGGUGGAUCCCGGGCUCCUGCCGUGCGGGGGCCGGGGCGGAGCCGGCAGGGGGCGCCCUUCCCGGGAGCGCGGGCCCCGCCCGGCUUCCGUACCCUCCUGCUGUCGCCAUGGAGACCGGCCCGGGAGACGGGGAUGCGGGAGCCUGCGCGGAGAUGGAUGGACAGGGCCCGGGCCCGAGUAUCACGGAAGAGUUCAAGAGAAUAGAUUACAGCAAAUGGCAGAAGGCAGAAGCAGAGAAGAGGAAAUCUCCAGCCCACAGGCUGACUUUGCCACCGCUCACCAGCGAGGACAAGAAGAAGAAAGGGGAGAAGAACAAGCCAGUUGCAUUUAUGCUGAGUAAAAAACCACCGUUGCCUUCAGAGACAUCAUCAUCCCAAGAGAAAUACAGAAGUUUUACUCAGAGGAAAUUAGCGCUCAAGAAGGCUGAAUUAGCUAAAACCUUGGAAGAGAUCAAAAUUGCCACAAAUCUGACCAAUCUGAAGAAAAAUGCUGUCGAGGAGCUGAAGCAGCGCAGUGCCCACCUGGCAGAGACCAACUGCCGGCUGAUGAAGGACAUCCAGCACACUGAUGACAGCACUGCCAAGCAAGCCAGGAGCCUGCUGCAGCGGUAUGAAGUAUUUCAGAGGGUGAAGGCAAUCGUGCAGACCUUCAAUCAGAACCGGCUGGAUACAGCAAGGGCAGAGCUCCAGGAAACGGAAAAAACAAUGGAGAAGAAUCUGGGAAAGCUACAGCAGCAGCUGGAUGAAGUCACAUCAAAGGUACAGGUUCUCCAGGACGAGCUUAGUGUCCUGCGCACCUACAUCGACGGGCAGUAUCCAGAACAAGCUGUGCAGAUAGCCCUGCUGCAGCGCAGCAUCCAGAAACUGAAGAAGCAACAGCAGGAGGAGAUAGACAAGACAGAAGAAAUGGGGAAGGCCAUCUUGGAGGAACUGGAAGAGAAGGCACGGGCAGAACAAGAAGCACUAUUACAGAAAGUCGUGGAGGAGAUGUUGCUGCACCAGGAUGGCCUGAAGCAGAUGGUGAUAAACAACCACAUUCUGCGAUGUGAAAUACUGAGGCAAAGGGAGAUGCACGCCGGAUACCGAGGUGGUCCUCAGCCUCCCUGCCAAGGAGACGCCGCUCAUCUGACGCUCGGCCAGGCUCUGCUCGCAGGCCCCUCGCCCAGCACACGGUGUGGCCGGGCUUGGAUGAGGUGCCGAGCUGCGAAGCCCCCUCCUUUGCCGUCGGCACUUCUCCAUCCCAGCCCCGCUCAACCGCCUUGGGGACUCGCUGAUGUGGUUUUUAUGGUGCAGUAAAGGUGUUACCGUCA